UGGGGGCUGUGGGGCCUGUUGCUGGGUGGUGCUGUGGUAGCCAAGGGAAGCUGCUUUUCUACUCUGAUUUUCUUUACAUCUGGGUAACACGUAACCAAAAUAAAUGUAUUGAGGAAAACAAACCAACCCUGAGGGCUGUUUGUGUGUGGUACUCGUGCUGCGGGGCUGCUGCUGUGGGACACACCUCUGGGGUAGGGGUGCCUGGGGCGUCCCAGCACCCUGAGGAAGAGGGCAGGACGUGGCUGCUGGGGCUGGGCUGUCGGGUGAGGGGUAUUCUGGCCCCCGGCUGGGCCUCGCUCUGUCCCCAGUGCUGCGCCCUGCUCAGGCCCCAGCCUGCGGCCUGGGCUGAGCUGUUGAGCAAUGUCCCGGCUCUGCUCACCUCUUCCCGGCAGCGGUUUCCCGCGCUCCGGCCUGAGCCAGGGAUUAGCGUGGGGCUUGUUGUGCUGCGGGGAAGGAGCCUGUUGCUGCCGGGUGAGAGCGUUCUGGGCAAGGCGCUUAGAGUGGCAAAGCACGGGGAAUUAGGGAAAUAAUCUGUUGCUGUUGAUCCCAGAGGCGGGAAUCUGCAGCGUUGUGCCAGGCCCCAGGCGCGGAAGAGGGGGAGAGCCGGGCCAGCGGACGUGUGAGCGGAGCUCCCAGCUGGAAUGCACCAGCUCAGCAAGGGAUUGUCCUCCCUGGGCUGCGCGGGCACCGCGCCGUGAGCCUGGGACGGCCGCCUGGGCCAUGGCGGCAGCAGACACCCCCUCGGCCACCCUCCGGCACCACGACCUGUGCAGCCGCGGCAUCCGCCUGGCCAGGAAGAUGCGCUCGGACGUCACCGACCUACUGGACAUCUACGUGGAGCGGCAGGGCCUGGACGCCUCCAUCACUGUGGCGGCGGUGGAGGGGGUGCCGGCGGCAGCAGCAGAGCGCUGGGCUGAGCAGACGGGCACCCAGCGCCUCCUGGACAACCUGGCGGCCUACCGGGCCUUCCGCACGCUGCUGGCCCAGAUGCUGGAGGAGCAGCGGGAGCAGCUGGGAGAUGCGGAUGCUGAGCUGGGCCCGGCACUGGCGGCCGUACUGCUGCAGGUCUCGGCCUUUGCCUACCACCUGGAGGAGCUGCUGGAGCUGGAGAGCCGCGGGGCUCCCGCUGAGGAGGGCUCUGAGCCCCCCGCACCCCCGCACCUCAGCCUCUUCGAGCAGAAGCUGCGGGGCCUGGGGGUGCUGCGGGAGCUGGCCCAGUGGGCUGUCAGGUCGGUGCGGGACCUGCGGCAGCUCGCCAAGCAUGGCCCGGGCAGCGGUGCGGCACUGGGCCUGGCUGAGAGCCAGUGACAGUGGUGUGGGGAGCCCCGGCCCGGACAGGGCUUAGCUGGGGGCCCACCCCUGUGCAGGGCUGCUGACAGGCACAGGGGCUUCGGGGAGCAAGGGGGACCACGCCACUAACCCAGCGCCCUCCUGCUUCCUAAUGGGCCCCUUUCCCUGCAAUAGAAAUUGAGGCACAGGGAGGGAACUCCCAGCGAGGUGGGCCUUGUGAAUGGCCCGCAGCCCCGCUAAGGCCUGGAAGCCAUGACCCCAGUGUGCUGUGCAGGGCUGGCCUGUUCUGUGGGACCGGGUUGCUGCCUGUCUCCUGGUGGCCGGGUGAUGCUUCUGGAGGAGGGGAGCUGCCUCGGGGUUAUUGCAGAGGUGAGAGCGAUGUGAAAGCAUCACCUGGUGAAAGGCGGCUUAGGAAUUGUCCCCUCUCUGCAAGGCCUGAAGCUUUGCCUCCUUCAGGUGCUCCCUUUUCUCUCUGCUCCCGCACAGCUCCCACCCUGCAGUUGUGUUCUGUGUGCUGAAUUUCUGCUCUGGCCGCUUGGGGGGACUUUCUCAGGAGGAGGGUGGGAUUUUGAGCUGGAUGGCAUUUCUCAGCUGGUUGGACAGGGUAUAGGGAGGGUGUAUAUAUAGAAGGCUGAAUUGCAAAACCCUCUGCCAGGGGCUUUGUGCCUCUGGGGGCUGUUUUAAGACUGGAGAGGGAGAAGCAAACAGCCCCAGCCACUGUUGGCCACUGUUUUCUCCCUGGAUGACCGUGGUGGGUGCUGAGCAAAUAAAGCAUCUGGAGAGCCA